UUUUACCCCAAACAAAAAUCCUCUAUAAAUUAUUAGUUUUUGUGUGUCCUUUUGUUUUCUCCUUCUCUCUUCUAAACUUUUCUCUCUCACCCUAAUUCACCUCUCUCUGUAAUUCUCACACCCCAAUUCUUCUCUCUUUGGGACUCUACCAAUUCCCAAAAUUAAUGGAAAAAGGACAAAAGUACUCCAAUUGGCAAACUCCUUAUAUGGGAGAUGAAUCUUCCUCUUAAACUGGUGGAGCUUUCUUCCUCUGGAUCUCAAUAUCUUUGCUGAUUAUAGGUUUCAGUUUCUGCUUGGGUUAGGAAUCUAUUAGAGGGUUUGCUUCCAUUAAAAGGGGAGAUGACAAAGCAUAUGCAUACGCAAGUCACAAAGAAGAUGAAUAAAAUUACUACCAAGAGAGAAAUCCCUUCUGACAUCUCGAAAAGGAAGAAGAUGAAGAAGAUUACUAGGUGCAGUUCAGUAAACGCUAAAGAAAUUCAUGCUGAUAUUGCGUUCGAAGAGCUAACUCGGCUACCCAUCAAGACCUUGGACAUAUUUAAGUGUGUAUCGACAUCUUGGUGUUCAAUGAUCCGUCAACCUGAAUUCAUGAAAGCUCAUAGGCCUUGCGGUGGUAUACUCAUCCAUCUUUUGCCCGACUAUUCUCGCGUGAAGGGCCUCUAUUACGCGUCCCUAAAUGGGAGGAAUGAAGUGUUCGUUCAUCGAGUGCGUUUGCCUUAUUUUGGUUAUAAGGAUAUUACUCCCGUUAUAAAUGGCCUUGCUUGCCUUUACACGGGUCAUCAAGUUUCACUUUUUAAUUUAUCUACUCUUGAACUUAUGGAGCUUCCCUCCUCAAGUUUACACGGUGAAGGGCUUAGUGUUUGGUAUGCUCUCGGUUUUGAUACUGUGGAUAAUAUGUACAAAUUGCUUAAAGUGAGUAGUACAGUUGCCAAUCGACUAGUCUACGAGAUCCUCACUCUUGAGACAAGUUCAAGAUCGGCAUGGAGAUGGAGAGAGAUCGCUCAGGAAGGUUUGCCUUGGUUUUCCACUGUUACUGAUCAAAGUUACUUUGUGAAUGGUAUAAUCUAUUGCAAGUUUAGAACUCCGAACUUCCACGAGAAUGGGAAACAAUAUCUUCUUGCCUUUGAUGUCCACCAAGAGCAUUUCACAAUUUUCAACCUACCACGCGUGCCCUCACAUGUAUUCUUAAUAUUUGAGUGCAGUUUCAUACUAUUUGGUCAAUUUGAAGGGCGCCUAGCCGUAGCACGUGUUAAGAAGACACAGUUUGACACGGUUUUGGAAAUUUGGGCGUUAGAAGAUCAUCAAAACUCUAUAUGGAGCAAGCACAAUAUAGACUUUCCUGAUGAACUCCUUAGAUACUUUCAUGAGGUCAAGCCUGUUGGGAAUCUUUCUUCCGGUGAGUUAUUGCUUUGCGGUUCAAGUGACUAUGGCCAAACGAACCCGUUUUAUGUUUAUGAUCCCGUCAACAAGAAAUUUACAAAAUUGAUGGUUGAUCAUCCCAACUUACUAGACUCGAUAAGUUUAUGUAGUACUCACAUAACUUUUCUUAUGGAGAAGAUAACCCCACAGAAUGAUUUGAUCGGGUUAAGAAAGAAUGUUUAAUUUUUACUUAUUGUGGAGAUGUCUGAUGGCGUUGUGCACUGUAAUCAAAUGAUUAAUUAUUACUUAUUGUGGAGAUGUCUGAUGGCUCUAUA